AUGGGCGAGGUCGAGGACUGUUGUCCCGUGAUCGAUGGAAGAAAAGAGAUAAUUGGAAAGGGGAGAACUAGUCUCGAGGAGGUGGAGGAACUAGAGGAUGAGGAUGUGAUGGAGAUCUCACCGGCUCAGUUCACUCCCAGGAAAAGGAGGGCAGUCAAGGUGAAGGAACAGUUGGAUGACAAGUUCCUGAGGCGCAGUAAGAGGAAUGGAGUGAAGCUUGAUGGCUACAAGAGCCCCCGGAAGGAAGUCCCAGCACCUGUGCCCCUUGCCAUGAUCCCUGCAACGGCAUCUGCUCCAGCUCCUCACCUGACGAAGGAAAUCGUGGAGGGGAUUGCUACUGGCUUCCUCUAG